GAUGAAUCGUUCUUUGUCUGCUUAUUAGUUCAUCGCUAGUGACUAAUGGUUGUCAGUUUGCUUAGACAUUGGUUCGGAAAAUAAUAUCAAUAUUAUGAAAUUUAAUAUUAUCUAUUUUCUAUGAUCAAAGAAACAUAAAAGAUGUCGUCAUUAAUACAGGUUGAGCCUGCGUGUUGCCCCGCCCCAACUGUCCUCCACAACUCGUCGGGACUUCGCUCCCCUGAGCACAACUUCGACACUUCAGCGGGCGUCCCACGGAACCAGUCAAUCUGGACAUCACUUCCCAUCACCUACAUCCUCACUGCUAUCGUAGCGACCAACUCCUCUGGCAGGAGCCCAGAUUUUCUUGGUCGUAGACCUCUCACGGAAUAUUCGAGUAAUUCGAGCACCUCGCAACUAAAGUUAUUAAACGCAACAUCUGAGCCCUCUUCCAUUGACUGGAAAAGGCCCUCAGAGAACCCAACUACUGAUGAACGAAGCUUCCAUUGGCUACACGUUGUCAAGACUGUCAUUUGGGUGUUGGUUCUACUCUACAUUUCAGUAGUUAUCGGCAAAAUUGCAAUACUCGCGAUGGUGACCGCAGUGGAGUGUCGGCGCAUCGCCCCCAACCCUGCCAACAAACUCGAGGGGAUGCCGCCUGUUACUCCCGUCAACUUCCUCAUCUCAGGGGAAAAUGACGGUAAAAUGCAGCAAUGGGGCCCGGGAGACUGGAUGAGGCCGUUGGGAGGCGUCGAGAUGAUGUUCGCCAUCGGUGGGUGGCUGAGAAGCCUCAACACCGUCCAGGCUGUCUACGUCACCUCCGAGAAGCCCUUGACACGGCAGCUUGUUCGUCAGGCUCUUGAUCUUCUGGUGCUACGCAUCCCCGUAUUGAGCACGUGCAUCGACCGUCGAGGCACUCGCUUCUGGUACAAGCGGAUGGCACAAACUGUCAUCGACUUCGAAGUUUGUGACGAAGACACCGCGAAAGUUCUUUUCGAUGUCCAGGCUUCCUCUUACAACCUCAGCACUGGACCUCUUUGGAAAGUAAGAAUGGUGCGCAUGCGUCCCGACGAAGAAAGUCCACGUGGAGUGGUCGACGAAAACCAGACAAUGAUUGCUUUCGGGAUUCUACACGUCAUCACUGAUGCCACAACAAACCUCAUCAUCUGCAAGGAGCUUGUCAAUAUCAUCAACGACUUGCUGCAAAAUCGUCCCAUUUCAUCCCCGUCCUAUACAUUGAGCGCCCCUCACGCGGAGCCCUUGGUAGACUCCACGAAAAGCUACCUACUAGCGUACUUCUGGAAGCGCUUUUUCAAAGUCAUCGUCUUUGACUUCAACAAAAAGACGACGUUCAAGGGUCUCGUUCCGCUUCCCAAGAAUUAUGCAGUAGAGACGCGAGUGAAAAAGCACGUGUUCCCCGAAGACGUCACAAGCAACCUCAUUAAAAAGUGCAAAGAAAACAGCGUUACAGUACAUUCCUUCUUAGUGACUGUUGCCAACGUUGCCUACUACGACGUGGCACGGCAGAGGACCAAAGAGAAUGUCGAGGAAGUCAACAUGUACUAUACUGAUUGCAUCAACCUUCGACGUUUCUACCCUCAGCAAGAAAAAGAACACAUCGGGUGUCACAUCACGAUGUACGAACAAAAGGCGACUGUGUCAGCAGCAAAAAUGGUGGACUUUUGGGGGACGGCUAAGACAAUUAAAGAAAAACUUCAUCAAGACAUCGCCCAGAAAACUUGCCUCAAAGUUAUCCCAAUAAUUAAGUGGGCUACCAUAAUCUUCCCCUUCAACAUUUACCGCAACCGCAAGCGAGCCUGCAACAUCACUGACAGCCACUACAUCACAACCAAUAUGGGCGAUGUGACAGAAUUAGUGGGAACUUCUGAUGCCAAAGAUCCAGUACAUAUUAGCGACAUUUAUAGAUCCGUCAACGGCGAGCAGGCUGGUCACCUUUUCACCUACACCUGCCACACAUUUAGAAAACGUUUAUACGUCUCUAUCGAUUACUGCGGCAAUAAAAUGACAGACACCCAAGCCACUGAGUUUUUUAACGACAUGAUCCAGAAAAUAACCAACUUGGCCACAAACGGUACCUUGAAGUGAAGCAAUCGCCCCUGCAGCGACUAGGAACGACCUGCAAUGAUGUCCCAGUCUGGUUUAAUUUUUCUGUUUUUUUACCGCCAUUGGAUUACUUAAAGCUUAGCCUUUUUCUGCUGGUCGAAGAGGCUGAAGAAUAAACAAGACUCAGUCAUGCGGCCGUAAACAUUGUUGUUUGUAUAAAUAUUAUACCUAGUGAAAAACUGCUUGUUUUCUUUCGUCUCUAAUUGACAGAGUCUCUUUUUUUGUGUUUGAAGUGUACAUAAUCGGUGUCGUCAAGAAGGGAAAUUAAGGUCUCACUCGAAGGUCAUAUAUAUUUUGCUUAACUAUUCUGAUCUUGAGCGUGAGAUGAUCAUCACUCACUCAUCGCAAUGAUCAUUCCCUGUUGUUCAUAAUUCAUCAUUUGUGUGUCAGCGCUUGUGUACCUGGAGCAGUGGUUGGGAGCACGGAGCCGUAACUGGCUUAAUGUGUCAUUACGAUUAAGUUUGCCGUACUUGAUGGGAGGAAACAUCAUUUAUGUGAAUAUGUGCAUUUAAAAAUAAA